AUGGCGGCCAACCUUCCCAGCCUACCGAUAGAGCUCCUUCUCAAUAUCGUUGCCUGUGCGGAGACUCGCUCCAGCAGUCGCAAGCUAUGCGAAGCGCUUCGUCUUACAUGCAAAGAGCUCGAUAGGAAGAUUGUGCGGUAUUUUGGUAACACCCACUACAAGCGAAUCAAACUAUCGUUCAGCGAGACAGGACUCAACCGGUUGCUGCGCAUCUCAAAGGGACCACUAGCGCACCAUGUCGAGUCUUUGACGAUCCAAUGUGGUACCGUCCAUCCAUUCCGGGACGUAUGCAUACAGAAGGACCCAAAUUCACUAUUAGACGAGAACAUCAACAGCUGGCUAAAGGAUGGUAACUGUGCAGAAAUUCUCGCGUCUGCUUUGUCUAAGCUACCGAAUCUUGUUGGGUUUCACAUCAGGGAGACUGGCUACACUUUCAGGGUCCGAGAACGGAAGCAACUCGAGCUACUGUGGGAUUAUUGGGCUACAACAUUGAGAACGCUGCUGGCAACAACAAUUCCUACCAUCCGGUCUCUCGAGGAGUUAUUCAUAUGCGCCAACAGCACUAUCAUGGCAGCUGAUCCCUCUCACCUGGGAGACAUCAUCACAUUCACGGAUCAACUUGGAAAGCUUCGAAUGCUUCAAAUAGACAUGGUACUCGGCAAUGGCAAAGAUAAUGAUGCUGAAGAUAUUCGCAAUCUUUGCAGCCUGAUCCGAGCCGCCGCAAGAUUGGAUGACCUACACAUCGGAUUUGGAGGUACAAGUCACUGCGACAAAGUCUUCGAAUCCAUCAAUCAGUCCUUGAAUCUGCCCGCGCUGCGUCGGCUAUCCUUGUCCAAUUUGAAAACGACACAGACUCAGCUCGAAGACUGUUUACGCUCCAUCAAAGAUACUUUGAGGAUUUUGUGCUUGGAGGAGGUAUGGACCCGUAAGGCCACCUGGCCUGUCGGAAUCGUACGAUUUAUUAGGAAAGAAUUAAAUCUGGAAGAGGUCACCAUACGACAACUCGAUAUCGGCUACUUAGGCCUCCACCUCAGCAGGUUCCACCAACUUCGUCCGAGUAUCGUGGAAAAGGACUAUCGCUAUCAUCCAGAACUGCAUGAUGACGGGUGGGCAUAUGUUGAUUGGGAAGACGAUGGUUGUGACGAGGUUACCCUCAAGUAUGAAGAUGGUGAUGACAUCAAGUACUGGCUCAGAAUGAUUGAAGAAGACUACAGGUUGAAGACAUCUUGGGGUUUUGACGGUGGAAGAUGGAUGAUUAAGGAUACUACUGAUACUGCUCAGUGUUGA